GUUCAAUCUGAUUGGUCGAACGCGUCGGGGCGUUUCAUUCUGAUUGGUCGACGACCGAUGCCCGGUGUCCGGGUAAGAUGGCGUCUGAAGAGCAGUGCUCGGCACCACCUCAAUGGCGGUCGAUAUCCUUAACCAACGUAGAGUAUCCAGCUGGUGAUCUGACGGGGCAGGUAUUGGCCUGCAUGAGCCUGUUGCCCAUCGCGAUCCUCGUCGGAUUCGUCACUCUGAUCGUCUUUAAGCGAGAGCUACAUACGAUCUCUUUUUUUGGGGGUUUGAUCAUGAACGAGGGGUUAAACUGGCUGCUCAAACACAUUUUACAGGAGCCUCGGCCGUGUGGAGGAGGUCACACCUCAGUCACGACGGAGUACGGGAUGCCUUCCAGUCACUCUCAGUUCAUCUGGUUUUUUGUUGUAUACUUCUUUCUGUUUCUUUAUUUAAGAAUGCAUCAGACGAACAAUGCCAGGUGUGUUGAACUGUUAUGGCGGCAUAUACUGUCCAUCAUUCUUCUGGCAGUGGCUCUGUCUGUUUCAUACAGCAGAGUCUACCUCCUGUACCACACCUGGAGUCAGGUGAUUUAUGGGGGUGUGGCCGGGAUGGUGAUGGGAGUGGUUUGGUUUUUUAUCACUCAAGAGGUCCUAACGCCGCUCUUUCCCAAGAUAGCAGCCUGGCCAAUCUCAGAGUUUUUUCUGGUGAGAGAUACAAGUCUCAUUCCCAACAUCCUGUGGUUUGAAUACACAGUAACCAGAUCAGAAGCCAGAAACAGACAACGAAAGCUGGGAACGAAGCUUCAGUGAUUUUCUGCGAAACCCAGUGAAAACUGAGAGAAAGGACCACACACACACACACAUGCGCACACACACACACACACACACACACACUGGAGUUUCAUAGUCUGGACUGUUCUGGUUGAUGUGAAUGCACAGAACAGUGUACUUGUGGACCAAAGGAGCGAGUUCGUAUCACAGACGUGACCGUUAUCACAUGACCCGACCGUUUUCACAUGACCCAACCGUUCGCACGACAACAUGGCCUCUUCCUCCACCUUCCCCCGUCCUUAGACUGCUCCUGCGCUCCUAAUGCAUGUGGACCGUGCUAGAGACAAAAACUAUUUAAUGACAGAUGUAAUAUAUAUUUUAUUCAUUACCAUUGACAGGGAAGAUCUUAUCAGCGGCGUGAAGGGGGGAAGAGGUGGAAGUGGAAGAAAGAAAGAAAGUUUUACGACACGACAAACCUGUCAGCAUG